CCCACUCACGGCGGGAAGCGCCUAAACUCACGAAAAUGCUGCUGGCAUUUUGAAGUAGCGUUCAGAUUUGUGUGUGACGAUCACAAACUGCGAGUGUGUGGGAUUAGAAGGUGAUGCAUGACAGCUGAACUCCGGGUGCCAACACAUAUUUCUCAGAUUUUGUACAUUGCCUUCACACCACCCCUGCGUUGCUGACAUGAUGGAGGUAGCAGGUCCGUGGACGGAGGUUUUCGAAGGUGCCGACAGGAAUGGUUCCCCAGAAGAAGAGUCUUUUCUCAGAGGCUCCACUCUGACUCUGGCUCCUCUGGUCUCUGAAUCUACCUCAGUGCGCCGCUCACAGCCCAUCCUCAUCUCUGCAAACAGAAGCCGAGGUCUAGAGGCCUUUUCUUCUUCAGUUCCUUCAAUACCUAACCCUUUUCCAGAGCUGUGCAGCCCGUCAAAAUCACCUGUCAUCAGCUCCCUGCCGCCGUCCGCAGGCAACAAACACCUAAUAAAAGUGUAUGGAGAGGACAGCCACAGCAGGUCUGUGUGGGUGAGUCCUGAGGCCACAGCUCGAGAUGUGUGCCACAUGUUGGUGCAGACGGCCCACUGCAGCGACCAGGAGAACUGGGCUCUUCUGGAGGUCCACCCUGCUCUGGGACUAGAGAGGUGUCUGGAGGACCAUGAGGUCGUGUGGGAGGUUCAGUCCACGUGGUCCCUCAAAGCUGACACCAGGCUGGUGUUCCGCAAAAACUACGCAAAAUAUGAGUUCUUCAGAAAGCCAACGCUCUUUUUCCCUGAGUCCAUGAUUUCGGACAGUGCGGAUGUGGGCAAAGGUUUGACGUCAUCCGAGCUCAUUCAGAAUCUCCUAAAGUCUGGUACGUGUCCUGAAAUCCAAGGCUAUCUUCAGUCCAAAGAGCCCAGUCGAAAGUCCUGGAAAAAGGUUUACUACUUCCUGCGGCGCUCGGGUCUCUACUGCUCCUCCAAGGGCUCCUCCAAGGAGCCAAGGCACCUGCAGUAUGUGGCUGAUUUGGAAGAUUUGAAUGUUUACACUGUGGUGAAUAGCAAAAAAUUGUACGGUGCGCCCACUGACUUCACCUUCUGUAUCAAGCCUUCGAAAAACCCAGUGCGUGCUCAGGACCUGAAAUUCUUGUGUGCGGAGAGUGAGCAAACACGGACUUGCUGGACAUCAUCCUUCAGACUUUUCAAGCACGGCAAACAGCUCCAGUGUAACUACCAGUUAUCCAAAUUGGCACCGCAAAGGCGUGAAACAGCCAAACACUUCCCAGACACAAAAUCAAAGUCGGAGGCGAGUCUGGUGGCGAUGGACUUUUCGGGGAAGGCUGGAGGACGGGUCAUUCAGAACCCAUCAGAGGCCCGCAGCGCAGAGCGGGAGGAGGGCCAAGCCUGGAGGAGGAGAGAGGCCUUGAGGUGCAGUUUGCCGAACCUGAACUCUGGCCCCAGACCUUCCUCAAUCCAUAAAACGCAACCCUGGUUUCACGGUGGAGUGUCCAGAACUGAAGCCCAAAGACUCAUAGAGAGACAGGGACUUGUGGAUGGGAUGUUCCUUAUUCGUGACAGCCAGCAGCACGCCCAGUGCUUUGUCCUCUCGCUGUGCUACAAGCUCAAGACUAAACACUACCUGGUUAUUCCUUGUGAAGAAGAUGGCAGAAAGUACUACACUAUGGACGAUGGCGUGACCCUUUUCAUCGACCUCCUGCAGCUUGUUGAGUUUCACCAAAUCAACAAAGGCACACUCCCAGUGUGCCUCAAAUACCCCUGCGUCUGUGUUCUCUGACCCCGCCCCUGUCCUGGGUCAGUAAAUAAAUAAAUGGACCAAUUAAUUAAUUUUAAAGAGCCCAUAUUAAGCUAUUUUCUGACUUUCUAUGUUAUUAUGUUGUUUCCUCAUCACACACAUACCUAGAGUUGUGUUUUGUAAUUCACAUCUGUUUAACAUGCAGACCAUUCUUCUCUCAAACAGAAAAUGCUUUUUUUUCCCACCUUAUGAUGUCAUGUGAUAAUGUAAGGAAUUUCUCAGAUCAUUUCAGCCCUGGAACUGCCAAUUUCUACUGAACUAAAGGUAAAAGGUAGCUUUUGAAGACUAACACGUCAUGACAUCACAAGGUGGACCAGCAUUUUGAGCUUUGGAGAUAUAGACAGACUAAUAAUAAAGGCUUACUCAAACAUGUGUGAAUGAAACAAAACACAACUUUAGACAUGUUUCUGAGGAGAGAACAACUUUAUAACAUGGCUUAAAGCUCACAAGAGUCAGUUUUGCGUAAUAUAGGGCCCUUAAUGAAUCACGUCCCCCAUCCAAGUGCAAUUACUUCACAUCCAUGUGAAAAUGAAUUCUGUGUGAUCACAAUUUCUGCUCAUUUGUUCAUGGACCCAAAUGUGAAACAUUGUGGGUGUUCAAGAUUUUUUUUGGAAGACAUGGUAGAAAUACAUAAUUGCCAUGGAAAUUCAGAACUUUCAAAAUCACUGUUCAGACUCAAAAAUUGUAUCCUCAAUAAACAUGCAGUUUUAUUGGGCACUUGUCUCAAAGGAAAAAGUAUUCACUGCACGCAUACUUGUUUACACACAAUUGGUUUAAUGUUUAGAAGUAUAAUCUUUGAAAAUAUCCUCAUAAAUUCUUGGCACAUUGCAUUGUCUGAACAGCCUCAUUACUCAUUUUAAUUAUAUUUCACUAACUGCAGAUUGACUCUGGUUAGUUUUUUAUUAUUGUUUUAAUCGCCCUGAAAAGUUGCAUUCUCUAUAGACUGCUUGAUAAGCCACUUGAGACAAGACAGAGUUUUGCCUCAAAUGACUACUUUAGAUUUCUUAAGUCCCAAGUCGAUCCAUUAGGUGAAUAUUAUUGCGGUGGCCACGAGAGGGCGCUGUGCAGUGAUUCAAUGUGAGGAAAUGAGUUUACAUCUUGUCUUGGGAACCUUUUUGUUUGUGGUACUUAAGUAAUCAAGAAGGCCCAGUUUGCGAUCAUGUAGCAAAAAUAUUUUAUUGUUGUGUUUUUUUUUUUUUUUUUAUUGGGUAUUUUUAUGUACAGCCAAAGCACUCUCCCAGCGCAGUUUUUGCACAGAUGUUGUAUUGAAAUGGGGAAUAGAUUAACAUUUGGGGAUAUGUUUAUUUUAAUCUUUGUUUGUUAAAAAUACUUCUAUUAUACAGUAUCGGUUUCCUAUAUGUUUUAUAUCAAGUACACGGUUUGUUGUAUAUUAUUCCGAAUUUUUGUCAAAUAUACACUUUUAUUUGUUGAAUAAAUAUUUUCACAUUA